AUGAAAAUUGGACGUAAAGCCAACUGCAAAAGCAUGCCAUUUGAGUCACCCUUCACCCUGUCUUCCCCUUUCUCAGCUGCUGAUGUCUAUAUGGGCCCUUAUAACUUGGGUACAGCUAGAAGACCUGGAAGAGUGACCACAUUGGAAAAUGGUUUAAAGUUUCCAUCACCUCACCAUGAAAACAACACUUUUGUGAAAGGUCCUUGUCAUAGUUCCAUUAAAUUCCAAGGAAUUGUUGUCUUUUGUGCAAAAGCACAAGUGUUGGAAAGACUUGUGAAUUGGAAUGAGGUUGUUGAGGGGUAUGUGUUGGUUGGGUUGGUUGGAUUUGGAAUAAAAAAGUCAUAUCGAGUAGCAAGUAGCAACUACAGCAUCCUAGGCCCAUCCAUUGCUGAUGAAAAUGAUGGCCCAUUAAUACAGCUUUCAGACAUGAAACAGGGCAACAUUGAUCAGAGUCUUUGGGAAUUGGACUUCCCAUAUUGUGGACCCUCAAUAGGUAUAUGCACCAACUCUUAUCCACUCCUACAAAACAUGUCGAAAACCUUAGGCGUCCGAAAUGAAGGUGAAGCGCCUGCGAAUUUCUGGGGGCGGAUGCCGGAAGAAGAGUAUUACACGUCGCAGGGUGUCCGAAACAGCAAGUCUUACUUCGAGACACCUAACGGGAAACUCUUCACGCAGAGCUUUGUGCCUUUGGAUCAAAAGGUCAAGGCUUCGGUCUACAUGACCCACGGCUAUGGAUCGGAUACUGGUUGGAUGUUCCAGAAGAUUUGCAUCAAACUUGCCACAUAGGGUUAUGCUGUUUUCGCCGCUGAUCUUCUCGGACAUGGCAGAUCAGAUGGUCUCCGUUGCUACUUAGGUGACAUGGAGAAAGUGGCUGCCACAUCUUUAUCAUUCUUCAAGCACGUCCGGUACAGUGAGGAAUACAAAGGCUUACCAGCAUUCCUCUUUGGUGAAUCCAUGGGAGGAGCAGCAACAAUGCUGAUGUACUUCCAAUCGGAGCCUGAAACUUGGACGGGUCUGAUUUUCUCAGCCCCGCUCUUUGUCAUGCCUGAGAACAUGAAACCUAGUAAGGUCCGGUUGUUUAUGUAUGGUCUGCUCUUUGGACUAGCCGAGACAUGGGCUAUAAUGCCUGAUAACAAGAUGGUUGGGAAGGCAAUCAAGGACCCCGAAAAGCUGAAGAUCAUAGUCUCGAAUCCAAGGAGAUACUCGGGGCCGCCUAGAGUUGGGACCAUGAGAGAGCUUGCUAGGAUGUGCCAGUUCAUUCAGGACAAUUUCUCCAAGGUAACGGUACCAUUUUUUACAGUGCAUGGGACAAGUGAUGGAAUCACCUGCCCAACAUCAUCCAAAUUGUUGUAUGAAAAGGCAUCGAGUACGGACAAGAGCUUGAAGCUGUAUGAUGGGAUGUAUCAUUCUUUGAUACAAGGGGAGCCUGAUGAGAAUGCAAAUCUUGUGUUGAAGGAUACGAGGGAAUGGAUUGACGAAAGGGUUGAGAGGUAUGGUUCCAAAAAGUGUUAGCACAAGUUAUUUGCCUUCAUUGGUCUUCAUAAUUGGCGUUUUUGGGAUGAAAAUGUGUUGAUUAAUUUGAGUUUUGACGACAAAAAAAUCUCAACCAAAAUGUAAUACAGAUAAGCAAUGGAACUGUAAUGUGGUUUGUCAUUA